AGUGGAAAUCCUCUGGUAGUCAUAGACCAGGUUACGAUGGCUGCUAUUUCUGAGUUAACGGUUUUGAAGGAGCUCAAGGUAAGUGGCUGUAAACUACAAUCUCUUCCCGAAGGGAUGUUCCGCCGACACAGACGUCUAGAAUAUCUUGAUCUCAGCGACAACAGGCUUGCUGAAGUACCAAGUGUGCUCAAGGAAGCUGUCAACUUGGUUUAUUUGAACUUUGAUAAGAACCCGAUUGGAAACCUGAAUGAGACAACCGCCAUUUCUGAGCUGACAAAACUGAGAGAACUCCGCUUAUGUCACCUCAACAAACUCGAGCAUAUAGGAGCUGGGAUACUGGGAGGUUUACAUAGCCUGGUCACUUUGUACGUCUGUUAUAAUCCUCGAUUGACUGUAAUCGACCCGGGGUUUUUGGUGUCUGCGGAUGAUCACAAUGUGGAACGAUAUCCGAACAUAAAGCAGUUGUACCUAAACAACAAUAAUAUAUCGGAGAUUAAUUCCAAUUUUCUCGAUCAAUGGGAUCAGUUGACGAAUAUGGAUUUUGGGAACAACAACUACAUUUGCGAUUGCAACUGCCAGUGGAUGGUGAAUGUGCUGGUACCGUUGAUGAACAGAAGUGGCAUCAGUGCUGAUAGCAUGAUCUGCAAAAAGCCGCGCGACCUCAGAGGGAUGUCCUUCGCAAAGCUGCACGAGCUCUCAAAAACCCUCGAGUGUCGUGUGAGUGAGAAGCUUGUAGAAGGUCCUGGCCCUGAUGUAGCCAUGAUAUUGGGCAUCAUGAUUGGUAUUUUGGCUACGUUUCCGCUAGUCUUCGUGACUGUUCUGCUGUGGCGGCGAGGGUUCUUUGCGAGAUGUCGUGGACAGCGGCUACCGAAUAAAUAUUACGACGAAGAGGAGAAUGACGCUUUUUGAUUAAU